AUGACACAAGCAUUAAUAAAGGGCAUUCACCUCAAUGACGCAUUAUUUGAUGCGAUUGCCAAUGGAAACCACGAUAACCUCAGAAACUGUGUCCACCAGCACCGUAGCGAAUAUUUCGACUGGACAAAAAGACGAAGCUCCUUUUUGAAAAACCUCAAAGAACUAGAAGAAAAGAAAAUUGAUUCCUUAAGAGGCAAGGAACAUACACUUGCUGCAUCUCGUAAAAAGAGCAAAGUAAAAAUUAAAGGGCCCGAUUUGUCGACGGAACAAGGUGUUAGGGACUUUAUCACGACAGGUUUUAAGACAGCAUCGAAAAAUGGCCAGUCGUUGGCAUUACGCUAUUUAAAUCAACUAGAAUAUGCUGGAAAGAUACCAAACCCCCAUCUUUUACCGUAUACCCCAGAAACUUUACAAACAAGUGGAGAUGGGUACGACUCGCAUCAUGUAAUCAAAGGACUGACGCAAAAGGUCAUUGACAGAUCCUUUGACACAGAGUAUAUCGAGUCCACAAUCAUUCCAUCUCUCGUAUUUGACUUGAACAAUAUGACGGUGGAAAAAUUAACCACAAUAGUUAAUGAAAAGGGCCCCUAUCAAGCAGUAGCUAAAGAAACCAAAUCGGGUAUAAUCGCAAUGCCAUAUUUGUUAUCACCAUUCAAACACAAGCCUGGACGUAGGAAGCUUGCAUCUUUGAUUCGUAAACAGGUAUUGUGGUUUAGGAUUAAAAAGGUUUGGGAAACGGCUCAUAAAUUGGAAGAAGAGAAUAUGAAUAGGGAUGGAAGUUACCCCAUUAGGGGCAGUUGUGGAUUUGGCCCUGAAGAGUUAAUGAAGCCUAGAUUAUACUAUGAGAGGCUAAUUCAAGGAGAAGAAAUGUUUCAACUUUUUUGUGAGAUUGAGCAACGGAAAUUGGAUGGCAGAGAUCCUAACGAGGUGCUUGAUCUUGAUCAGUUCAGUUGGACUAAUGAUUUAGACACGGUAUCUGAUCUCAUUAGAGCGAAAUACAACAGCAUUUUGCAGGAAUCUAACUUGAAUUUGUCUGAUUUGCAAAGGAAUUUACAACUCCGAUUCGAUGAAGGAUUUGAAGCCAAGGUGAAAAACUUUUCCAAUUUAGUUCACGAGCUAAAAGCUCAUGGUGUUUGUAAACAUAGUGAAAUUGUCACUCCAACCAAUCCAAAUACCCUUAGAAACGACUUGCCAAACCUUAGCUAUGAGACAUUCCCCACCGAGGAGAGAGUUGGUCGAGGAAAGACCUUGGGCGAUUUCUUAAAGUCCAACAACUUCCCUCAUUUUGAAUUCGGCAACGAGUUGAGAAAGAAGCUUAAUGAAAUCAUGACCAGAAUUGUACAUAAAUUCUAA